GGAUAACAAUGAUCCAAACAAAGCUGUAAAGGUUGCAUCUCAGCUUUUUUUGGGGUAAAAAUGAUACAGUCGGUUUGUAUCCGAGCUUCAGCUCUGCAAUUGCCACCCAUUUACUCCCACUCCCUCAGAAAUGUCGCAACAGCUGACAGCUUUGCAAUUGACGCUCAAAACCUUAGCUAUUCAGUUGUCUCCAGACAGGGGAAAGUGCUUCCGAUUCUAAAGGAUUGCUCACUGAAAAUUCCCUCUGGGCAAUUCUGGAUGCUUCUUGGACCCAAUGGCUGUGGAAAAUCAACCCUUUUAAAGAUAUUAGCAGGUUUAUUGAGUCCAGAUGAUGGGUUCUUGUCUGUGGAGAGGCCAAGGAGCUUUGUGUAUCAGAACCCUGAUCAUCAGGUCGUGAUGCCUACGGUGGAAGCUGAUGUUGCUUUUGGUCUUGGUAAAUUGAACUUAACACCAGCUGAGAUUAGGACUAGGGUGGCAAGAGCUUUGGAUGCAGUUGGGAUGUCUGAGUAUUUGAAAAAACCAGUUCACACUCUUAGCGGUGGUCAAAAACAAAGGGUUGCUACUGCUGGUGCUUUGGCUGAAGCUUGCAAAGUUUUGUUACUUGAUGAACUGACUACUUUUUUGGAUGAAACUGAUCAGAUUGGAGUAAUAAAAGCAGUGAGAAACUCCAUGGAUACAUCUAAAGAAAUUACAGCUUUGUGGGUGACCCAUCGUUUGGAAGAACUAGAGUUUGCAGAUGGUGCAGUUUACAUGGAAGAUGGAAGAAUUGUCCGGCAGGGUGAUGCAACUAGUAUAAGGAAUUUCAUUGAAAACAAACUGGUAUCUUAUGUAAACCAAAUAAAUUUGUAACCACUUUUUCCUCGAGGAAUCUUGUACAUGUACAUAAAAGAGUGUAUGAUGAUGCUUUCCAGAGAGCAAAUACUACUACUACAACAACAACCCAGUAAAAUCCCACUCAGUGGGGUUUGGAAAGGGUAAAUUGUACGCAGACCUUACCCCUACCCCGGAGGGAUAGAGAGGCUUUUUCCGGGCAAAUACUAUGUUAUAUUUUUUUAUCCCCUUGCCAGUUAUGCAAGAUGUAGUUCCUUUUCAGGUC